CGCGACCGACCAAAGUAUUCGUGCCAUCAAAGAAAUCAAAUUCCGAUUGAGAUUGAAAUCGAGGGGGAGAGAUGUCGGGCAUGGAGAGGUUGCAGAGAAUGUUCGCCGGCGCCGGAGGCGCGUUGGGUCACCCGCCACCGGAUUCGCCGACUCUCGAUUCCUCCGAACAAGUUUACAUUUCCUCGCUCGCCCUCCUCAAAAUGCUCAAGCACGGGUUUGGGGUGGUGAUAUUGGGAAUAACAGGGAGAGCUGGUGUUCCAAUGGAAGUGAUGGGGUUGAUGUUGGGUGAAUUUGUGGACGAGUACACGGUUCGCGUUGUCGAUGUCUUCGCGAUGCCGCAGAGUGGAACCGGCGUCAGUGUCGAAGCGGUAGAUCACGUCUUCCAGACUAACAUGCUUGAUAUGCUCAAACAAACUGGACGACCAGAGAUGGUGGUCGGAUGGUAUCAUUCGCAUCCUGGGUUUGGCUGCUGGCUUUCUGGUGUGGAUAUCAAUACUCAACAGAGUUUUGAAGCUCUAAAUCAACGUGCUGUGGCAGUUGUGGUAGAUCCCAUACAGAGUGUCAAGGGGAAGGUGGUCAUUGAUGCCUUCCGUUUAAUUAACCCUCAAACUAUGAUGCUUGGCCAAGAGCCAAGACAGACAACAUCCAACCUUGGACAUCUGAACAAGCCAUCUAUUCAAGCAUUGAUCCAUGGGCUGAACAGGCAUUAUUACUCAAUUGCCAUUAAUUACAGGAAGAAUGAGCUUGAGGAGAAAAUGCUACUUAAUCUUCACAAGAAGAAGUGGACUGAUGGAUUGACACUUCAAUCCUUUGAUGUCCAUUCCAAAACCAAUGAGCAGACUGUUCAGGAGAUGCUAAAUCUAGCAAUCAAAUACAACAAAGCAGUGCAGGAAGAGGAUGAGUUGCCUCCUGAAAAACUUGCAAUUGCAAAUGUUGGAAGGCAGGACGCCAAGAAACAUCUUGAAGAACACGUCUCCAACUUGAUGUCUUCGAACAUAAUUCAGACUUUGGGCACCAUGCUGGAUACCGUUGUAUUCUAAGGCUCUCAGCACCAACUUAACUGCAUUUUGUUGGCAGUUAAAAUUUGAAACAAUUAUUAUGCAUGUGGGUUGGGGGGUCAAAACUGGUAGAAAUGUUGUCCUGUUUUUUGUGUAAGUGAGAAAUGUUGUCCUGUUUUGGUGGGUGGGAAAGAGAAGUGGAGAAGAGCAAAUGUGGACAAUGGCUGCCCUCAUCAUAUAGUUCCUCAUAAUUAUUGGGUUCUGUUCUGGAUUUAUUUUUCUAGCCUGAAUUAAAUUGAAUAAUUUUGGGAGGAUAAUUAAAAUCUUUGCCUUCUUUUUCUUUUUC